GGCAGAGGAUUCUUCGCGAUGCUGUAGUUCUGGAAGAUCAGGAGAAGCUUGCUUCGACAAUGGAUUUGCAGCUGGUGCUCCUGCCAUUCUGUGAGACGAGCCGCGAGGAAGUAGCCGCGUGCACAGCUGCUGCUCAAUAUGGUUGGGUUUCUGAGCUGGAGCGAAUCCUUUCGCUUCCGCAAGACCCGGAUCUAUGCGACGACGCCAUGAGGAUGGCGCCGCUGCAUGCUGCGUGUGCGCACGGCCAGCUGGAGGCUGCUCGCUUGUUGCUGGAGGCUGGGGCGGCCAAGGAUGUGGGCGCGUAUUAUGGAACCCCGCUACAUCUGGCUGCCGGCAAUGGCAACGUGCAGAUAAUGCGCUUUUUGCUGGA